AUGGAUGGUUACGAGAAGAUUGGAGGGAAUAAGAAAGCUCUGGACUUUCUGAUGGCUCAGAGUGACUACGACCACUCAUCUCCACUGCAGCAGAAGUACAACACCAGAGCUGCUGCUCUCUAUAAGGAUAAGCUUAAUUGCCUGUCCCAAGGCAAACCCUGGAGUGUUGAGACAAGCUCUGUGGGCAAAAUAUCCCUCAAUAGCUCCACAAGCAGAAGUUCCUCAGCAUCUGGUGUUAGUAAAAGCAAGUCUACCCCAUCAUUUAAUAAUGAAGGUACCACCUCUAAUGGCAGCAGCUAUGGCAGUGGCUAUGGUAGCAGCUACCAGUCAGGAUACCAGAACUCCUACCAGUCAGGAUACCAAACAGGCUACCAAGAUCCAGCCAUCAAGAACCAAACAGAAGCUUUCUUUGAGAGAGUCCAGAAUGAAAAUCUCAGCAGACCCGACCACGUGCCGCCCUCACAAGGCGGGCGCUACAGCGGCUUCGGCAACACCAACUACCAGCCGCCACCCAAGAGCGCCUCCGUCGACAUGAUGGACACGGCCGUGUCCUCCCUUGCUCAGGGCUGGUCGCUGUUAAGCCUGGGGGCAACAAAGGUAGCGGCCAAGGCGGUGGAGUACAGCGCCAUAGCUGCAGACAAGGCCACCGUCUAUGGACAAGUUAUCGGUGAUAAGGUGCGCGAGGGUAAACUGCUCGACGAGAUAUCCGAUCAGGCGUCAGCAUUCGGCAGCAAGGUGACGAAGGCGGCGCAGGCGAUAUCGUCAGGCCAGUCCCUGAGCUCCGUACUGCUGCAGCCUCAGCACCAGCGUCUUGAUGGCAUCGAUAGUGCCGGACCGAGUGAAGGCAGCCAGUUCAAGAGCGGCCCUGAGCGAGCAGGUCUCCUGAACAACGCGCGGUCUGAGAGCUCUGGCUACCAAAAACUCCAGCAAGGACGCAAUGACAGCUGGGCUGAUGAUGGCUGGAACUCUUGGACUAGCAGCGAUAAAAACAACAGCAGUGAUAAAAGCAGCGAUAAGAACAGCAACGAUGUCGGCAAGACGUUUGCUGGCUUUGACACUCCGUCCGUCAAUAACAAUGACAACAAAACCGAAGACAGAAAGGUGUCCAGUAAACCUAAGAACGCCCCCCUCUAUACCGACCCCCUGACCCCGGCUCUGCUAUUGGUCGAGGCUGCAAUUAAAGCCACGCUUCCUAUUGGCUGGGGAGACUGCAAUUAA